AUGGCAAAAAGGGAGUUGAGCAGCAAUGUACGCAAGUUGCGUUUCAUGCAAUCCAAUAAUGUUGAAAAGAAGAGGGUUCCUAUGAAAUUAGACCAUCCCAAUGUGAUCACUAACGACACAUUGGGAGCCGAUUUACCAUGGCAUUUGGAUGAAGCUACCAAUAUGCAGGUUUUGUAUGAUGGACUCAACACUAUUGGCGAUAUAAAGGGGACAUACAAGGUUAGAUACUAUACUAGACGGUCAUUUGGGGAAUACAACAAGGUCAUCGAUCAGUUUGAGAAGAGGACUGACGAGACACUGCUAAAGCUAAACAAAAUUAGAUAG